AUGGUUUAUCAGUUGAAAAAAAUAAAGAAAAUAAUUGAAAGCAUUAAGGAUAACGAAUACUUUCAUCAAGCUUUUCUUCACACUUCUUACCUUAAUGAAUUAAAUCUAAGGAGAAGAGUUGACUCGGAGCAAAACUCGGAAAAUAAUUUGCAACAUUCUUAUGAAACAUUGGAAUUUUUGGGAGAUAGUAUACUAAAUUUUUAUACCAGUCUUUUUAUUUAUCACAAAUUUCCUAACUAUGCUGAAGGUCAAAUGAGUAAAUUAAAGCAGUUGAUGGUGCAGGAGAGUACCCUGGCUCAUUUAAGUAAGGAAAUCGGUCUAGGGGAGUUUCUUCAACUGGGAACUGGCGAAAGAAAAAACCGCGGAGCUGAAAAGGAAAGUAUAUUAGCUGAUAUAUUUGAGUCUUUUGUAGCAGCAUUAUAUUUAGAGAAGGGUGGAAAAAUGGUUUAUCGUUUCCUCAACUUAACCAUUUUUACUUGGAUUGAGGGUAAAGAAAAUAUGGUUUGGGAUUAUAAAAGCCAAUUACAAGAAUAUUGCCAGGCUCACAAAAAUAAAAUUGUCUAUCAAUUAAAAAGAUCAUUAAGAGUUGAACAUCAGCAAUUAUUUAUUAUGGAAGUUAGCGAUGGAUUAGGAACUUUUCGGGAAAGCGGAAAAGGACGCAGCAAAAAGGAGGCUGAGCAACAAGCCGCUGCUAAAGUGAUUAGGAAGUUGGGGAUUGGGGAAGAAGAGAAGAAUAAGUAG